AGAAACCCGCGCCCCGCAUCCGGGCUCUCUCCCCUUCCUUCCUUCGGGCCGCAAUGCGCCCUGAGCUCGAGGUGGAGAUCGUGAGCGACGAGGAGAUGGCCAUCAUCGAGGCCGCGCUCGCCGCCGCCGCCGCAGCCCGGCCCCUCCUCUCCUCCGCCGCCGUCCGCGGCGCCGCCACCCUCUCCUGCGCGGCCUUCCCGCCCGCGGCCGACAUCGAGGACUCCGCGCCGCCGCCGCGGAGGUCGCUGCUGUCCCGGUACAGGGAGCGCCGUGCCCUCGCCGUCACCGACAUCACCGCCACGGAGUGGUGUGAUAAGCAGAUGGAGUUCGUCCUGGAGCACGGCAAGCCGGAGAGGACCGAGGCCAUGAAGGCCGGCUCUGACCGCCACGCCCAGCUCGAGCAAGAGGUUAUUGAGAGAGUCGAUAUUGCCGUUAGAUCUGCAGAAGAAUCGUGGGCAGUCAAAUUCAUGAACUUUAUCGUUGGAUCAAACCAAUUAUUGUUCAACGGCAUGACACGGGAACUUCCAGUGAUUGGGGUUGUUGAAGGUUCAUGGAUGGUAGGAAUUAUUGAUGAACUCCGAAUGCCUGUGGAUGGAAUUUCUUUUCAUCCAAUUCUGGUGGAUACAAAGACACGUUUCAAAGCAACAAUUCCCUCGGAAGCACAAAAAAGAAAUGGAAGGCUUCAGCUGAUGUGUUAUAAGUACCUAUGGGACAGUUCGAUUUCUGAGAAAUUCCCAGCAGAGAAUUUCUUCAGCUAUUUUGACUUGAACCCCGACUUCUUGUUAUCAGAUGAUGUCAAGCGGUACAUUAGCUCAAUUGGUUUCAAUGCACAGACUUUCGGGGAUGUGAUGAAAUUCUAUAAGAUUACCUGUCAUACGCUGUCACGAUCUCAAGAACAGCUGAUCUUGAGGUAAAUAAGUUUCCUGUAUAUUGUAGAUAUGAACUUCAGGAAGAUCAUUCCCUCCUAGAAGAAUACCAGUUCUCUUAUGAUGCUCAGUGGUUCAAGGGUCAAAUCCAAGAAGCCCUCAGCUUCUGGCUGGGGGCACGGGAACCUAAAUAUGUGACUGAAGAGGAGGGGUGGAAAUGUAAAUUCUGCAAAUUCGCGCCGAGUUGCCCAAAGAUAGCUUCCACCUCAAGGUGUUGACAUUCAAAGUUGCAAAUGGACAGCUCUGUUUGGGUUAGUAGACUUGGGGAAUUUUUCUGACACUAGGCUGAAGAACCAACCGUUUUGAUGAACCAUUACACUGGAAGUGCCUCCAUCUGUUCUUUCCUUCUUUCCAUGGCUAAGAUUUAACUCAAAAGUGAAUUUCCACCCUAUGUAGCAUUGUAACAUGGAUAUUGCUGAUUGGCAAGUGAAUUUCAUUCCUGUUGUAUGUAUCCCCAUCGGUUCUUUUUCCAACAAAGAUGUAAACCCAAUGGAUAAAAUAACUUCCUGGAGGCUUUUCUAUGUGGCGAAUUCAUAGCACCUACCAUAUCUAAGUGGUGGCUAUAGCACUGGAUAAUUCUAUUACAAUAUGUGUAUCUUCCUCUUGAUCAGUCA